CCCCAAAUCACAGCGGUAUCACCGCACUCCAUGAUGCGCACACGGUUUGAGAGCGCUCGGCCUUGUUGUCCCCGAGAUCAUGCACAAGUUCACGACGAAUUUCAUGGACUGGAAGCAUAAACAUUUCUUCCAUAAGGUGUUCACAUUUGUAAUCCAAAAAUUUAAUUUCUACCAUAUAGAUCCACGUCAAAUCGAAUUUUAAGUUGCACAAAUAUUGUAGCCAGGGCGGGGACAUUGGAAGCAAUUCGAUCCAAGGCACGUUUAAUGAACAAUACACGCCAAUAAAUGAACAAGGACUUGUAGUCCCGUAGAGUUCCCCGGCCCUGCUGUCACUGAUUGCCUCAGGUGAGUCGCACGGUCUGCUGCGAUAAAACCAAUUAAGUAAUUAAGAGGUCGGAGCAACAGUGGAUGCCGUAACUUCGGGAGAGUGAAACCGAGAGUUGCGCCCCUUACGGAAAUGAGAUGUAGGCCGACUGCAACAAACUUCUCCAUAGUCCUCAGGAGGGGUUGGGAAAAGUGGUUUGGGUGCAGAGGUAAUGGGCGAGAGACUAUUUCCACGGUGUCCGAUUCGGGUGGAGGUCUGGGUGUUGCACUAAGCACCUCUCAUUGCGGGUUACCCCUCCUAUUUUACGGAGAUUCGUCCUUCCCUCUCGCUUUAACCGAGUUACCAACUUAACGCCUACAAGCCUGAAGAGCGUAUGUGGUUGGCUCCAUGGGAGAAGCCUGCAUACAAGAAUAAAAGGAAUAAUAAGAAUAAUCGGAAAACUGACUCAUGAUCUUCGUCUGUCAGUGUUGGAUCGUCCUAAAACAAUGUGAUCGAUUGGAUUAAACUCCGGAAAGCUACAAUAUUUCAGUCUAAUCGCUGUCCGUUUUCCAGCAUCUCGCUAAGAAAUGAAGAUGCCUGAGGGUCCCAGCAAUCGUUAAGCCGGAGCGGGCUGUGAGCGAGAGGGCGGAGGCCCGUCCCAGGCUUCCCCCCCCACUAGGGGGGGUGGCCGCCCGUCCACCCAGACAAUGGGGGACGGGGGCGUUGGCGCUGGAGGGGAGCGGGUGAGCCACUCCCACGUCUUGUUCGACCGCUUCGUCCAGGCCUCCACCUGCAAGGGCACGCUCAAGGCCUUCCAGGAGCUCUGCGACUUCCUGGAGCUCCGGCCCAAUGAGUACCGCAUCUUCUACCACAAGCUCAAGGCCAAGCUCAACUACUGGAAGGCCAAGGCCAUCUGGGCCAAGCUGGACAAGAGGGCCUGCCACAAGGACUACAAGAAGGGACGAGCAUGUGCCAACUCGAAGUGUCUGAUCAUCGGCGCGGGCCCGUGUGGCUUGCGUACGGCCAUCGAGCUGGGCUUCCUGGGGGCCAAGGUGGUCCUGCUGGAGAAGAGGGACGCCUUUUCCCGGAACAACGUGCUCCACCUCUGGCCCUUCACCAUCCAGGACCUGCGUGGCCUCGGGGGCAAGAAGUUCUACGGGAAGUUCUGCGCCGGCGCCAUCGACCACAUCAGUAUUCGGCAGCUCCAGCUGAUGCUGCUCAAAGUGGCUCUUCUCCUGGGCAUCGAGAUCCACGUUAACGUGGAGUUCAAGGGCCUGGUGGAGCCUCCCGAGGACCAGGAGAAUGAGAGGACCGGCUGGAGGGCGGAGGUCCAUCCUCGGACCCAUCCGGUGAACGAGCUGGAGUUUGAUGUCAUCAUCGGGGCAGACGGGAGGAGGAACACGUUGCCAGGGUUCCGCAGGAAAGAGUUCCGGGGCAAGCUGGCCAUCGCUAUUACCGCCAACUUCAUCAACCGCAACACGACGGCCGAGGCCAAGGUGGAGGAGAUCAGCGGCGUGGCCUUCAUCUUCAACCAGAAGUUCUUCCAGGAUCUUCGGGAAGCCACAGGAGUUGACCUGGAAAACAUUGUGUACUACAAGGACGACACGCACUACUUUGUGAUGACUGCGAAGAAGCAGAGUCUGCUGGAGAAGGGGGUCAUUCUGCACGACUAUGCAGACACAGAGCUGCUUCUCUCCCGGGGGAACGUGGACCAGGCGGCCCUGCUGUCCUACGCCCGCGAGGCCGCUGACUUCUCCACCAAUCACCAGCUGCCGACCCUGGACUUCGCCAUCAAUCACUACGGGCAGCCGGACGUGGCCAUGUUCGACUUCACCUGCAUGUACGCCUCGGAGAACGCCGCCCUGGUGCGGCAGCGCAACGGACACCCGCUACUGGUGGGGCUGGUGGGAGACAGCCUGCUGGAGCCCUUCUGGCCCAUGGGCACAGGCAUCGCCCGCGGUUUCCUGGCAGCCAUGGACUCGGCGUGGAUGGUGCGCAGCUGGGCGCAGGGCAGCACGCUGCUGGAGGUGCUGGCCGAAAGGGAGAGCAUCUACCGCCUUCUGCCCCAAACCACCCCGGAGAACGUGAGCAAGAACUUCAGCCAGUACAGCGUGGACCCCACCACCCGCUACCCCAACGUCGUCCUUCAUCUCCUCAGGCCCAACCAGGUACGGCACCUCGUCGACACGGGGGAGUCGAGGGAUUUGCGCAUUGACAUGGAGAACGCGGUGAACUCCUCGACGCCCAACUUAAUGAGAAACGACGGUGUCCAUUUUCAGGAUCUUGUGCAAGAAUCCAUUGCGCGCUCCAGUAAGCUCCUGAGCUGGUGCCAGCGGCAGACCGAGGGCUACAGGAACGUGGCCGUGACGGACCUCACCAUGUCCUGGAAGAGCGGGCUGGCCCUCUGCGCCGUCAUCCACCGCUUCCGCCCGGACCUCAUAGACUUCGACGCCCUGGAGGAACGGGACGUGGAGCGGAACACGCAGCUGGGCUUCGACGUGGCCGAGCGGGAGUUUGGGAUCUCCCCCAUCAUGACGGGCAAGGAGAUGUCGUCCGUGGGCGAGCCCGACAAACUGUCCAUGGUCAUGUACCUCAGCCAGUUCUACGAGAUGUUCAAAGACACGGUGCCCCCCGGUGAGCACCAGAACCUGAGUCCGGAGGAGAAGGCGGCUUUGAUCGCCAGCACAAAAUCCCCCAUCUCCUUCCUCAGCAAGCUGGGGCAGAGCAUCUCCCGCAAGCGCAACCCCAAGGACAAGAAAGAAAAGGAUGUCGACACCAUUGGGAAGAGGAGAAAGACCAGCCAGGCGGGGCAGUCCGAAGAUGAGGAGGUUCCGCGGGGUUGCCGUGACGACAGGCCCCAGGCGGCCGGCGGCCUGGCCGAGCGGAGGCCGGAUUCGACGGCGGCGGCGGGAGGGAACCACAACAAAGUGAAGUCCAUGGCCACCCAGCUGCUGGCCAAGUUCGAGGAGAACGCCCCCAUCCAGUCUACAGGUCUCAAGAGACAGGGGGGCUCCAUGCCUGACCUGGGCUCCCUGCUCCGCCCUUCUCUGCCUCCUGCCCCCCCCAAAGAGGUGGCCCAUCUGCCCCCCGUCCCUGCAUGGAGACAGAGACGCUCCCGGCUGCAGGAGCAGCUGAGCGUGCGCUUUAAGGAGAGGCUGAAGUGCAACACUCUGCCCAGCACGGGGGAGCAGGCCAGAAGCGGUACGGGCUCGCGGUGCUGCCCAAAGAAAACCAUUCUACUCUCCUCUUCCUCCUCCGCCUCCUCCUCACUCUCUCUCCACGCACAGCGGCCCGACACACAGGAGGAGGAGCUCCAGGCCGGGGGAGGGGCCUCUAUGACGGACAGGGGCCUGGAGAUCCCGUCCCCUGUGGACAAGGGCCCCGCACCCAUCCCCAGUGUCCAGCAGAGGGCAGCCCGCCUGGCCUCUCUGUUUAAAGGCAAGACGGAGAAGCCCCAGCCAAUGAGAAAGCCCUCGCGCUUCUUUAUCGAGCAGUGGCACCUGGCCCGAGGACUCCGCACCGGCAGACCCCUCCCCUCCCCCGACACCCUCCGCCAGAGAUAUGUUAAGAUGUACACAGGGGGGGUGAGCUCCUUGGCUGAGCAGAUAGCCAAUCAGCUUCGAUCUCAGGAGGAACCAAAGCCCCUUCUUGACAAGAAGGAAUUGAGCUCGCUGAGGAAGGAGUUCCCGCAGAACAUCGGGGGCAGCGACGUGUGUUUCUUCUGCCGGAAGCGCGUGUACGUGAUGGAGCGCCUCAGCGCCGAGGGGAAGUUCUUCCACCGCAGCUGCUUCAAGUGCGACUACUGCGGCACCACUCUGCGGCUGUCCUCCUACGCCUUCGACGUGUGCGACGGGAAGUUCUACUGCAAGCCCCAUUACUGCUACAGGCAGUCGGGCCAGGCCCAGAGGAAGAGACCAGCCCCCGCCACGGCAACGCCGAUCACCAAGGAGAAGCAGGCCCCCCUGUCACCCCCCCAGGCGGUGGACGGUCCGGGACGAGGCGCGGCCGCCGCGGGCCCCGUGGAGCUGCGGGCCCCAGCGGUGGAGGUGAACGGCAUGCAGGAGCCCAGCCUGGCCAAGCGGCUUCGCGGCACGCCGGAGCGCAUCGAGCUGGAGAACUACCGCGUCUCCCUGCAGCGCGAGGAGGAGCUGGAGGAGGUGCCAGAGGAGACGCUGGCCGAGCACAACCUCAGCAGCGUGCUGGACAAGGCCACCGACGCCGACGAGGGCUCCAGCAGCUCCGAGUCGGAGAUGGAGGAGGAGGAGGAGCGGCAACGCGGAGCCGCCGGCCACGGGGCCGCGGCCUGGAAGGAGGCGCAGCUGGAGGAGGAGAGGGAGGCGCAGCUGGAGGAGGAGAGGGAGGCGGAGCCGGAGGGGAGAGACGGCGCCGAGACCAACGCCGCGGGAGUCGAGGAGGAAGACGAGGAGGAGGAGGAGGAGGAAGAGGAGGAGGAAGAAGAGCCGGAGGAGGAGGAGGAGGAAGAGGUGGAAUCUAGCGAUGAGGGGGAGUACAGCCCUUGGGAGAGGGAGCUCCGUUCAGGGGUUUGGCUUGAGAACCUUAAAGAUGAAGAGGACACGGGUACAUUCAAAGCCAGAAACCUGCAGAUCCAGCAAGUCCUGGAGCCUGUGGACCCGCUGUCCUCUCAGAAGGACGUUCCCGAAAAACGCGCCCGUUCUGAGGGGGACCAGGAGGGUGCGUCGGCCUCCCUGCCCACACUCUCCACAGCGGCAGUCCAUACGUCCACCCGCCAUGAGGCUGUGAGAGCCUGGCUGGAGUCGAUCUCCGGAGAGCCCUGUGAGGAUGAUGACCCAGAAGCGGAAGCAGGUAGCCCUGACGUGGAGCCUGGCACUGAGCUGGAUGAAGAGGACAUUCCCUCGGACGCAGAGGCAGAAGCUCGGCUGCACUGUUCUGAGCGUGGGGAGCAGCUGCCGGAAGAAGGGGGGGCAUCAGAAAGCCUGGAGCGGGUGUCCAGCCUGGCACAAUCAUCCAUCAUUUCAAAGCAGUCAGACGAAGAGGAACUGACCGCACCAGGCCAGGUUGUCAGGGAGCCUGUGACAGAGGAAAUCAGUAAACCACUCCUGUCUCCUCUCCAUCCUCCGGCUCCUCCUCUGGUUACAUCGCCUGUCACGAGUCCCUCCCCCAAGACGCUCGAGGUGGACAAACCCGAACCUGAGAAGACCUCUCCCACCCUGGAGGCCAAGAGUCCCCUUAGCUCCGCCGCCCCGCCCUCCCCAGUCCGCGUGCAGCCCAUCCAGCUCCCUGAGACAGUCGAGCCAGAGUCGCCCGUCAAGAGCCGGCCUUUCACUUGCUCCCCGACGAGUAACCCCCUCUCCCCCAUCUGCUCCCAACCCUUACCUUGCAAGGAGCCGUCGACACCAGUGUCCUCCAACUCCCCGGUCCGGACCCAGCCUGUGCCUGCCAUCACCUCCACGCCGCUGGCCAAUCCCGACUCGGAGAAGGGAGCGCCGGAGCUGCGGAAGCUGCCGGAGUCGCCGGCGGAGACGCCCACCAAGCGGGCGGAUAUCAUCGAGGAGUUCUGGAUGAAGAGUGCGGAGAUCCGGAAGAGCCUUGGGCUCACCCCCCUGGAGAGGAGCAGGGCCCCCGAGAGGAGCCUGACGGUCCCCACCCCCGACUCCUCCUCCUCCCCCAGGUCCUACACCCCGGAGGACCUGUCUGAGGAGCUCCGGCCCCCCUUCACUGGCCGAACGGUCAUCCGGCGACUCAACAUCACGGUGGAGGGGCAGGUCAUCUCGCCCGUGGACAAGGAGCCCAAGAGCAACGGCUCGGAGAAGAGGGACCUGAGCAGUAGCUCUGGGCUGGGUCUCAACGGCAGCGUGGUCACCAGCCAGACGGUGGCCAGCGAGAGCUUCAACAACUCCGACUCCGCCAUGCUCACCCCGCCCUCCAGUCCACCCCCUCCUGUGCCCAAGCAAGACUCCGUCACGCAGAAGAAGAACCAGGUGGCCUGGAAUAACGAGCCUGUCCCCGCCAAAGCCACCACGCCCAGCACACCCACGCCGGUUCCCAUCUCUCAAGCCCUGCCUUCGUCGACUACUCCUGAACCCAAAAUCUCCCCGACCCCCGUGUCUGUGACCACCACCACCACAACCACCACAACCACCGCAGUCGUAAUGCGGGAGUCGAACAAACCACGUCGUGAGGAGGUGCGCAAAUCCUUCAUUGAGUGCGUGGAGGAGAUCCCCUUCGCUGACGACGUGGAGGACACUUACGACGAACGUACGCCAGACAACAGCCUGCACGACAGGUACUUUACCCCGCCCACCAGCAAGGUCCCAAGGGAAAGGCCCCCCCUCCACCUGGCCCUGGCUAUGGAGAAUGGCAAGCCCAAGAUCUCGGGUGCCCAGGUGUCUGCCGGGUCACGGGGCAUCUCAGCCUUCUCCCCAGAGGCCAAGGAGGUGGCGGAAGAGCGUAUGCGGGUGCGGGAGAAGUCGAUCAAGAGCCAGGCCCUCAAGGAUGCCAUGACCAAGCAGCUCAGCAAGAUGGAGUCUGAGGUCCAAACCAAAGGCGGCUCGCCCAGAGUGGCGUGGAACGUUCUGGAGCCGGUGGCUGGCAAAGGCAAGUCCCCGCCGUCGUCUGUCUCUCCCAAGAUCUCUGCGGUGAAGGCCCUGGAGUCGCGGAAGCAGGCAGAGGCACUAGGGGAGAAGUUCUCCACCCCCCAGGGCAGCAGGAGUCUGGAGGUCUCGGCGGCCUCCUCGGAGAGCUCAGUGGGGGGAGGCAAGGUCAAGAAGCGUAGCUCCCUCUUCUCUCCGCGCAAGAACAAGAAGGAGAAGAAGGCCAAGGGCGAGGCCCGCUCCUCCGAGAAGCGCGGCUCGGAGGACGUGCCCAAGCACAAGUCCCUCUGGAAGGUCGUCUUCUCCGGGUACAAGAAGGACAAGAAGAAGAAGACUGAGGACAAGUCUCUGCCCAGCACGCCUUCCAGCUCCACCACGACGGACUCCGGGAAGAGGAGAGCCUCGCCCCUCGGGAGAUCGUCAGAUCUCAACCUUCGCCGGAACCUGAGCUUCUCUGAGGACUCAGACCUGUCCUGUGACGAUGUGCUGGAGAGGUCCUCUCAGAAGUCGAAAGCAGACUCCGUUUAUGUCCCUCACGCGCUGGCGUUCAAGAGAUCGUACGUCCUGAAGAAAGCUUACACGGAGGAGGAGCUGAACGCCAAGCUGACUCGGAAAGUUCAGAAAGCUGCGCGCCGACAGGCCAAGCAGGAGGAGCUGAAGAGAUUGCACAGAGCCCAGAUAAUCCAGCGGCAGUUGGAGCAGGUGGAGGAGAAGCAGAGGCAGCUAGAGGAGAGGGGCGUGGCCGUGGAGAAGGCCCUGCGUGGGGAAGCAGGAUCGCAUAAAGGCACUCACAUUAGUCCCAAACAGCUUAAGAGACGCUCAGACUAUUGGGGAGAGUCUAAUUACAGUGAUAUCCUGGACUUGCAUCUGGGCGUUGAGCCCAAUGUGGGGACCCCUCGCCGCAGACCGUUGUCCUUCUGCCCUUGCUGUUCGCCUGAAGGAAUGGGGAAAAAAGAUGAUCCGAAGCUCAUGCAGGAGUGGUUCAAGCUGGUGCAGGAGAAGAACGCCCUGGUGCGCUACGAGUCCGAGCUCAUGAUAUUCGCUCGUGAGCUGGAGCUGGAGGACAGGCAGAGCCGGCUGCAGCAGGACCUGAGGGAGCGCAUGGCAGUGGACGACCAGCUGAAGUCGGACGCCGAGCUGUCGGAGGAGAGGCACAUCCUGAACGAGAUGCUGGAGGUGGUGGAGCAGCGCGACUCCCUGGUGGCCCUCCUGGAGGAGCAGCGUCUGAGGGAGAAGGAGGAGGACCGGGACCUGGAGGCCGUCAUGCUGUCCAAGGGCUUCAACCUCAACUGGGCCUGAAGGGGUCCCGGUUCGCUGACGGGUCCCGGCUCGCCUGAGGGGGGUGCACAUCAGCCCCCCCCCCCCCGCUCCCACCCACGUGACAUCACACCUCCCUCCCUCAGGGCCAUGGCCCUAGCUCUCAGUCUAUCAGCCUUCUUUUCGCCCUCACGCAAUCCCAGUUUACAUAUCGCCACUGUGUGCGGCAAACACACCCCACCCGCGCUCUCCCAAGAACAAUAUUUACAUUUUGGCAGAAGAGCCCCCCUUCGCCAAGUUUCCGCUCGAAAGAUUUUUCUAUUGUUCGGCGGUCUUAACGGAAUAGGGUUCUCCAUGGAGACUGGAGCUUGGAUUCGUCUUUAAGAGCUCUGGGCUGUCAGACAACUGGAAGGCGUACACACUGUAAUGUCACACUGCAGCUGAGGAAACAUUGCCGACGCGUACAGUGUAAGGACCAGCUGCGAGGCUUUGUUUUGAACCGUACGACGCCAUUAAGACGUCGCUGCCUUUAACCGAGCGCGGCGACCGCGAGACGUUAUAGGUCAGAACGUUCUCCGUCCUUUCUCCCAACCCCCCCCCCCCCCCCCACACGACCCUCCACUAACAGCCUUUCCUCUCUCGUCUGUCUGAAACCUCGAGGGCCCUUGGCAGGGCGAGGUCGGCCUCGUCAUCGCCUUUGUCACGCACCGAGCGUGAAGAAUCGUCUCCGUCCAACACGACCGGUGGUGUGCUGUCACGCGAUACUCGGCCUAUCCGUUUAUCCGUGGGAAACUAAGCCUUUUUUAAACAAAGCUGCAGCUGGCCUUUUUGUGCUCGUGCCCGAGUGGACUGCGCUAACCCUCGUCGGAGACGGAGGAGAACGUACGUCGUUCGUUCCUCCCAACUCCUCCAAACGGCAGAUGGAAGUUGGGGACUGCUUGCUGGCCGUUCUCGAAUGGCGGAAUCUCGUCUUGCACUGCAAAAGCGACUCUAGAAAAUGGUUUCCCACGAGUCGCUGGAUAGAUUAUUUGACGGCGUUUGCGCGGGGUCUGUCAACUCUCACGCUCUUGGUGCGAGGCACGCACGUUCAGGGUCCGCCGGGUGCCAGUGCGUUGGUUUUUUGACCGCAAGAAGAACUUCAUUAUGGAGGAUUUUAGCAUCAAUUGCACCCCUGCUCAUACAACUUGGAUGCUUUUGACCUAUGUAGGUGGGGACACCAGAAGUCUGUGACAAGAUCCUGUUGUAGGGUAAAUGUGACUGAAGGAAAGCGGCUAUUGGUGUGUCCCGUGCAAUGUUGUACAGCAAAGAACACUUCCGGAAUGUUCCUUUGAAUUUGUUGUUUGGGAGUCUGUGGGUUGAGCCAUGAAGGACAGGCCUGUUGCCACUAGGGGGCGCCACAGUGGCAAACAGCAGACGGCCAAACACUACUGCAACCCACGGCACAGGACCCCCAACCCCCCCCCCCCAGCUCCUGGUCGAUUCUGCUCAGUUUACACGUCACUCCUUAACCUUUUAAGAGUUUUUUUAUUUUAUUGUUUGUAAAUCCUUUUUUUAAAAUGUGAUAUUCGAACAUUAAAAUGCAUCGAACAGAAGUUGAGCCGGACAUACGUUGUUUUCCAGCGCCUGCGGAUCUUCGUCCGGUUGAGCCAAACGGAAACGCUGUCGCGCUGUGCAUCUUUCAUCAUCGCUCACCAUCUUGUUUUUAGCUGCGAACACCGUGAGGUUUUUUUUGUGUGUGUGCGCGUGUGUGUGUGUGUGUGUGUGUGUAGAGGAGUCUAAAGAACUGUGAGACUAGGUGUAAAAGAUCCCGCAGGUUCAAUACGGUCUGUUUAGAAGCUGUGUGGCUUGUUUGACAGAUUUCUAUGAUUAUUUAUUAACAUGUGUGAAGAAAAUGUAUUAUAUGUACAAAAAAAUCCUAAUUUUUAAACUUGUUUCUGUUGUUGACUGAAAUGUAAACGCUUCAUGUAGCUCAAUUGCAUAUAAAGUGUUGGGUGUACAUUUAACGGGCAAUAAAGCAAUGCAGCAGUUAUUUAAAA